CAUAACUGAUUUUGAAGUUGUUCCGCGCUAACUCAAGCUGCACGAUCUUUUCAGGUCGCUCUCAGAAUAAGUCUUUAAAAUAAAAACGACAGCUGAUAUUCCUAGACAGUGUCUGCAACCCAAAGACGGUAGUAUCUUGGAUCUUCGCUUGGAGCACUCUACAGAUCAUGGAAGCCCAGCAGGACGAUGGAAAUAAAGUUUCCUGGGACUCGACUCCUGCUCGCAAAGAGGAGAGUCUACGUAAGCUGAUUGACAGUCGCAUGGAGGUUUCGUCGGCCCAUGGCGUACCAAACAUCCAGCGGGCCUCACAUCCAACCAUCAAACUCGCAUGGACUGUCAUCUUUCUGGCUGGCACUGGCGUGAUGACGUGGCAAGUUGUCGCUCUCUUUCAGGCCUACUUCGCAUGGAACUAUACAGUCAACCUAGAGGUAAAAUUCAACCGGACCCAAGAUUUCCCCGCGAUCACCAUCUGCAACACGAACCCAAUGAGGAAAUCUGGACUUGAAACCAAGGACUCUAAGUUCCAAGAAAUAUUUGACUUAGAUUACAAUCCAUCAACAGCAACCACAGAAGGUGGCAAUGAACCCCCUAUCUCUAUGGGCUCUCAAUCUGGCAGCGGACCGCCGGAAGGUCAGAAUGAAAGGAGUGAGAAUGUCCAAGAUUGGGCUCAGCGUGUCUCACAACCAUUAUAUUAUAACAGCAAGUCGUUGCAUUAUGCAAGAUAUCGCCUUCGACAGGUUGCUCUCGCCAACAAAAGCAUUGAAGAGCGGAUUUCUCUUGGUCAUUCUUUAGAUGAUAUGCUUCUAGACUGCUCUUGGAAGGGGAUUCCCUGCUCGCCUGAAAAUUUUACCCAGAUCUACGACUCUCAGCUGGGCAACUGUUACACCUUCAAUUCUGGGCAACAUGGGGAACAACUUAAUACCCAUCGACCAGGCUCAUAUUUCGGUCUGUCACUGGAGCUCUUUGUUGAACAGGAUGAGUACGUGGAAGGAAUGACUCAAGAAGCUGGUUUUCGUGUCAAGAUACACCAUCCAUCCAACAUGCCGUUUCCUGCCGAAGAUGGAAUUCUCAUAUCUCCUGGUUUCAACACCGCCAUUGGGCUUCGCAUGCUCGAGUUGGAUCGGUUACCUGAUCCGUAUGGAGAUUGCAAGGCUGACCUGUCCGAAGACAUCGCUGAUGAUUUGUAUCAUCAACAUUACAAUAUUACCUACAAUAGAAAGACGUGUGAGGUUAGCUGCUACCAAAACGAGGUGAUAAGAAGAUGUGGAUGUUUUGAUGCUUCAUAUCUCAACUCUCUUAACGUCAACAGAACUAUCUAUCCAUGUGAAUAUACAAGUCCCGUAGAAACCCAAUGCAUGGCCGAUAUAGAAUGGGAGCAGGCAGAAGGCGAACUAGGAUGUAACUGCCCUAUUGCGUGUCAUGAAACCACGUAUCUGUCUCGAGCGAGUUCUUCUAUUUGGCCUGCGAAUGCUUAUGAGUCUCUACUCUUUAAAAGAAUGGCGCUGUAUAAUGACGUCAUGAGGAGGCAUGUGAAUGGAGAAAACGCUUCAGAAUGGACUCGGCAGAACUUGGCGAAACUGGAGGUAUACUAUGACGAGUUCAACUACGAAUAUAUUCGACAAGUGCCAGCAUACACGAUCCCCGACCUCUUGAGCGAUAUUGGCGGCCAGCUUGGACUCUGGCUUGGACUGUCCGUCAUAACAAUCUUCGAGCUUUUGGAGGGAGCUUGGCUAAUUCUUGCUUUCGUCUUCACGCGAUGUGGAAAUAGCACCAAAGGCGGAGAUGUCUAUCCCAAGAUUAAUACGGUUGUCAUAUAAUCCCCCUAUUAAGAUCGAGAAGUGAUUAACAUCGUAGCAAAUGCAGAGGUGCCUUGGUCUAGUGGUCUUAGGAGUCUGGGUGCAUACGUGAAAGUCCCGGGAUCAAUUUCCGGCAUGGGACUUAUGCCCAUGACGAAGAUAUUUAUCUCAAUUUACAUAGCUUUGUUGUCGUACAUCGGAUAGAUAAAAUCACUAUUAAUACCAUACCUAUAUGUGCAUAAUAGGCCUAUAUACUUUAACAAAUAUUUGUUUAAACAUCAAAAUUACUCAAGAUGUCAUCAUGCAAUUAUUACGAUCACAUUUUUAUAAGUCUCUAGAUUUGCAUCUGGCAAGGUUUUGCAGUUUCCAGUCGAGUUUGAUUCGCAACCUUUAAAAAAUAUAUUUCAUGUUGUCGAUAUUUAAUUAUCGAUUGCAUAAUCUCUGUAAAAAAAAUUAAAGUCAAUUACAAAUAAGCUUCUUACAAUUUUCCCCAUAAUCGACCUUUAAGGAAUAUUGCAAUGAUUUUCAAGUCGAUGUCAGACCCCAAAUUGGUUAAGGCUUUCUAUUAAAUUGCAGGUGUCAAAUUGGUGUCCUACUUCUUUUAACAGAAAGUGGAAUAAUUUUUCUGUAACUGAUUGAUCUGUCACAAAUUUGACGUUAAGUUUGUCAUUCCCAUUAGAUCGCUAAAACAUGCAUACAUAUACACCAAUUUAGAAAUUCCUUGUCGAACUCCAUUGACAAUUUACAGAUUUACUGUAAAUGAACCAUAAAGCGCUGCUUCAAGAUGAUGAAGAUAAACACACGGCUCCAUCCGUUUUCAUCCACUCUAGACAAUGGAAAAAAUGGGCGAACAUUGAAAUAACAGUGGACGGAUCCUCGAUUGAUAUAGAGCGUAUGAAACACGUAUGCAAAGAGUACACAACGGAUACAUAACGUUUUCCAACGGAUGGCAUGAUUAUUUUCCGUUUUACAUCCUCUCUGCAUCCGUAAGUGCAGUGAGACAAAGCAAGGUUUCCACUUUGGCGAGUUGGAGUUGCGAGUCAUACGCGAGCUGCGCGAGCUCUAACUCGCCUUAGCUCGCACAAGCUCGCGUGAAAUUUACAUUUUUUCCUGGAAUUGGCUUCAGUGACAAAAAGCCCAACAUCGAGUUCACUACGCUCGCUGUACGAGUGAACCGAGCGCGAAACGAGUCAGGCCGAGCUUAGUAUGAGUUGCGGUGACCUUUAUACGACUUAAAGCGAGCUAUGAACGAGUUAUAAAGAUUUUGUUGCGAGUGAUAAGAGUUUCAUACGACCAAGGGGCGGGAUAUGCACAUUUUUGGCACUCAAAUAUGGAUGCCGGCGGCGGUGGCGUCAACACCAAAUCUCAACCGAAGGUUAAGUUUUUGAAAUGGCAUCAUAACUUAAAAAGUAUACAGACCUAGUUCAUGAAACUUGACCAUAAGGUUUAUCAAGCAUUGCUAAACAUCCUUAUUGAGUUUCAGGUCACAAGACCAAGGUCAGAGGUCAUGUAUGGUCAAUGAACUUAGACCAUGUUUAGGGAAUCAACAUCAAAAUUUCAAAAACUUAACCUACGGUUAAGUUUUUGAAAUGUCAUCAUAACUUAGAAAAUACAUGAACCUAGUUCAUGAAACGUGGACAUAAGGUUAUUAAAGUAUAUAAACAUCCUGCUUGAGUUUCAAGUCACAUGACUAAGAUCAAAGGUCAAUUAGGGUCAAUGGACUUUGGCCAAUUGGGGUAUUUGUUAAAUUAACAUUAUAACUUUGAAAGUUUAUGAAUCUGAUUCAUGAAACUUGAACAUAAUAGUAAUCAGGUAUCACUAAACAUCCUGUGCGAAUUUCAGGUCACAUGUCCAAGGUCAAAGGUCAAUGAACUUUAGUGAUGUUCGGGUGAUCUGUUGAAUUACCAUCAUAACUUUUAAAGUUUAUAGAUCUGAUUCAUGAAACUUGGAUAUAAAAGUAAUCAAGUAUUACUGAACAUCCUGUGCGAGUUUCAGGUCACAUGACGAAGGUCAAAUGUCAUUUAACGUCAAUGAACUUUGGCCAUGUUGGGGGUAUUUGUUGAAUUACCAUCAUAUAUUUGAAAGCUUAUGGAUAUGAUUCAUCAACUUGGAUAUUAGAGUAGUCAAGUAUCACCUAAAAUCACAUGCCAGUUUCAGGGCACAUGACCAAAGUCAAAGGUCAUUUAAGGUUAUUGAACUUUGGCCAUUUUGGAGAUUAAUACUAUAUUGCUGUCAUAACUUUCAAAGUUUAGAAACUUAUAAAAUGUGGAUAUAGGGGUAAUCAAGUAUCACUGACAAGUCUUAGGUCACAUGAUCAAGGUCAAAUGUCAUUUAUUUUCAAUGAACGUAGUAUUGUAUCAUUGUAUGAAUGGUGUUUUUGUGAAUAAUUGUUUUAUAGUAGUUUUCAAAGUCAGCACUGCUACUAUAUUGGAUAGCGUGAUGCAGGUGAGACUGCCAGAGGCGCUCCACUUGGACCUUGUCUAGUUUGAUGUCUUGUUCUUAUCCCUUGGCUCUGCUCGUCAUUGACCUCCUCUUCCACACUGGCGUAAAUCCCGGGGGGGAUGGGGGGGAUAUAUCCCCCCCACUUUUCGAGGAGGGGGGGGGGUGGCCUGUACAAACAUCCCCCCACUUUUUACGAAAGAAAUGAAAAAAAAAUCACAAGAGAUAAUUGUUUUAUCGGUGAAAAUUCUUCCUAAAAUACCGCUUAACAAAUAAAACAAUAUUAUUGAAUCAUAAAAUGCAAAUAAAGAGCCAGUUCACCAUUUCCAAACAAAAUACUUAUGUCCUUAUUAUAACAUUGAAGACAAACCCCCGUUUCUUCCAAUUCAUCAAUGUUAGGGUCUUUUGGAAGGGAUUAAGAUGGAAUGUCAAAAAAAUAUGAAUGUAAUCUCUAAUAAAACCAUUAAACCAUCAUGGGGUAAAACAGAUAAUAAUAUUGGAGGGGUAUUUGCCAUAUGGACAUACAGUGGCGUAACUACGGGGGGGCAUGGGGGGCACAUCCCCCCAUCGGCUGAC